AUGGCGCCUAACAUGAUGAUAUCUAUUGCUGAUCUCGACAAAUUGACUGCAAAGGAUUUUGAAGGCGUGCGGGAGAUUGUCAACUCGAGACAAAAUGAAUACAGUUUAGAUGCCACGGAAUUAGAGGAGAAGCUUAAAACUUUAUCAAAUGCAGAUGCUCCCCGCCGCUCCGCUUCCUCCACGAGCGUGGCCACGACUCCAACCCUAAGCCACACCCCAAGCCGUCUCCCGACUCCGACCCCAGAGGCGGAAGCUUUCAAAAAACAACAUCUCGCUGACUGUAUACGGGAUUAUAACUAUUUGGUAGAGCAUGGGGGACGGCCUGCAUUUCCACUGGAAUAUGCCACGGCAGCUCCUAAAAACUUCGGAAAAUAUAGAGAUAUGAUCGAUUACUGGGGCCAAUCCUAUUACAACCAAAGAAAUGUUUGGGUUUCUUUCCAAAACUUCCAAUUAAAAAAGCGGCGAUCAAUGGAGAUUUUCACCCAGUACCAGCAGGACAUUCAUGACUACCGCGAAAAGGAAGGGAUUGAGGGUGACAUCCAGCUACAUUUUGAUGAGGAACGGCAAUCCAGAGUAGACCAGUGGAAGGAGUAUCAUUAUUAUCUCCACAGACGCGUUCCCCCGUGGAGGGAGAAGGCUGAAGCCGCGCGCAAAGAGCGAGAGCAGGACAUGUUAGAUUGGGAGUCUGGUAAACGCAACCCUAAGAUCCCGGAGGAUAUGGGUUGGAUCCACACUGUGCGAACAUUAGUGGAAUCUGACCUGGAGGAAUACAUGAGUUGGAUUCAAUGGGUAGAAGCAGAGCUUCCCAAAAUUGAGCAAGAAUGUGCAGAAUCCGCCGGUAAAAAUGUGGACGAUGAAUCCUGCCUAGCGGAAAAAGAGGACGUGGCCACGGAGCCUACAGCACCGCCGCCAGCGCAUGCCGAAUCAGCACCUCCACCCACGGAAACCCAUCCAAGGAGCCGUCGUCAAUCGAUCAGCAGAAUAGAAAACUCCAAAGACUCUGUAGACGUUAUUGAUACGCCGGAAGUUUUACACAAGCAGCCAAAACUAUCAGUAUCUGCUGAACAACUUACUCACGCAGAUUCGGAGACGGCUUCUUUGACAAAACCGGAUCAAAGCAGCACAAGUGCAGGACAAGCUACUGGAGAAGCUAGUACAACUGGCAUGCAAGCAAAGAGGUCUUCUCGUCUGGCAAAACCGGAUAAAAGCAGCGCAAGCACAGAGCAAGCUACAGGAGAAGCUAGUACAUCUGGCUUACCACAAAAGAGGUCUUCUCAUGCGGCAAAACUGGAUCAAAGCGGUGCAAGCACGGGGCAACUCACUGGGGAAGCUAGUACAUCUGGCUUACAACGAAAGAGGUCUUGUCGUGUAGCAAAACCUUCCACAACGGCUACAGCUGAGUCUGUUCCAUUGCGCCGGAGCCAGCGAAUCAUUGACAUGGAAUUAAGAAAAGCUCAACAAGCGGAACAGGAAGCGGCAGAGGCUAAACAGAUAGCAUUAAAAGCUGGAAGUCGAAGAGAGCCAGCGGCUCAGCAAAUGAAAGGAACCUCCAAACCAGCCCCAGCGCGGAGUCAAUCUCAAACAACGACAAAGCCCCGGGAACCUAGGAGAAGGAGGCUCUCUUCACCUGUGAAAAUCAACACCCUAGCAAGGGAAGUGAUGGUUUAA